AUGCUACUGUGUAUUAUGGUGCAUUGUGAUUUGGCAGUGAAUGUCAGUUCAUCCAUACGAAGUCAUCAGGACAUAAACAUUUCAAUCAGAAAACGUCAAGUUCAAAUGGAUUCUGACGAUGAUUUGGACCAACUUCAGCGUCUGAGGCGUCUUCGAUUGGCUGCUGAAAAACGAAGAAUUGAACUGGUUAAACGUUUACAUAGUUUAUAUGUAAGCUUAGGAACCAGACGAACACAAGCUCGAGAUGAAUGGAAACGUCGUUAUUAUUCCGCUAAAAAACAAGCUCCAAAUCUUGAGUCAAGGAUGAAUGGGCACAGAGGUGACCUUGAAUCUCUAAUCAGAAGAUCAAUUACUACACUGAAACACAUUGGCAUAGACUCUGCAGAGACUCAACAUCUCGCUGAACUAAUGGAGAAACGAAGAGAAGUAACAAAAGAAGAAUACAGACUAGCUGAAAUUAUGCUCAGCUUAACCAAAGCCAUCAGACUUCGAUCGCAAGCUGAAACAGAAGGCAGACUCCUUAAUGCUGAAUUAGAUCGUAGAAGAGGUGAAAUGAGCUUGGUUAAAUCCACAUCACCAAGUCGAAGAGCUUAUGCUUGUUCAUUAUCUCCUAGAAGAAGAACAGUACGUGGACCACUCGGCGUUUCUAGUCCAAAAUUUAAUAGACGAAGUACCGUAAGCCUAUAUGAAGGGCAACGUAAACGUAUAAAUUAUAAAAGUUUGUCUCCAAAUCCCACUCCCAUUGAUCAAACAUCACAAGACUCAAGCAGUCCAGAUGAUAGCAAAGCAUCAAUCAAAAUGAGGAGUGUACGUAGCCCGAAAAGUGGGAUCCAAGUUCAAGGAUCAGAGGUUAGAAUAAAAACUCCAGAUUUCGAAGUUUCUGUGCAUUCUACCAAUAAUUCACCAGAGUUAUAA